GUGAGAAGCUCCCACAAAUGACUCGACGCCACCACCAUCACCUCGGUCUACCUUGACGCUUUCGUCACUGGGCCAGUCACCCAGUUCCUCAUACGAGUACCUGUCCCAUCUCGUUGCGCGUUGGAGCCCUUCGUUGAAAGUUCAAUCGUCCAGAGGUGGCCCCCGCACGACCAGUACCUCGGACCAGGGAACAGCUAGCCUCAAUACCUAGACGCCAGGCCGCGCCCUAAUUAGCUGUGUUUUCUCCAUUCUCAGCCAACGACCAGCAGCGAUCACCGCUUCACAAAAGGUCAAAGAAGCCGCCUUCCCGAAAAAGCCGUCACCGUCGUCGGUAUCCCACGAGCUCCCCUCAUCAAAUCAUGUCCGAUUGAGCUCACCGCAGAGCUGGCUUAACGUUCCGUCUUUUACGCAGAAGUGGUGGGGGGUCGGGAUCACACCAGGGGGUUCAUCGCCCACAGAGGACCGGAGCCGACGGAUACGAUGGGAUGUCGGCCGUCAGCGAGCUGCUUCGCCUGCAAGGCGCGCAAAGUCAAAUGCGAUCUCCAGAAGCCCUCGUGUAACCGCUGUACGAGUCUCGGGAGGGCGUGUCCGGGUUAUGCGGAUCCGUGGGCCGUUGUACAUCGUCAGCAAAAUACCUCGGCAGCUCAUCAAGUGCAAGUCCGCGUCGCCAAACGACUCAAAGAAAGAGGCACAUUUGGCUCAAGGUCGUCAAUCUUGGAGGUAGAUGAGGAGGGAACCUCGCCAGACUCAGUUGAGGAAGAGGAGAUUCGGAGGAGGCCGGCGGCCGUGCCGAGGGUCUUUCAUGUCGAUUCCGAGCUCGUCUCCUUGAACCACUUUUACUCCAACUAUGCCUCCGGAGGCGAGGUCGCCUUGUUCAACCUCUUCCCCGGCAUCAAAUCGUCGGAUGCCUCAUCGCCUAUGUGCCAGGCAGGCUUGAUGGCUCAAGCGCGGCAACACUAUGGCAAAGCGAUCAGCAAGAUUGGCGGCGCACUGAAAGAUAAUUCGACAGCGCAAGACGACUCAGUUGUAGUCGCAUUACUCACCCUCGGCCUCUUCGAGGCAAUAGCACCGGACACAUCACCAAGAAAGAUAACAUCACACUGUCGAGGUUCUCUCGCACUUCUCAGGUAUCGAGCCGAACAGGGCGUUGCUACUUCGCUUGACAAGGGCCUACUCGCAUUUGUCGUUCACCUAGGGAUGCUGGAAAUAUUCAUCGGCCAAGAAGGCCGAUCACCAGUCUUGGUGGGCUUGAAACAAGCAGCGUGGGCAAAGGGCGGCAUGGUAGAACCGCUGCUCGUUCGAGCCAUCGACUAUAAAAAUAUGGUCCAGCACGUCUUAUCAUCGCCAGACAUCGGACGGGCAUCCGUCGGCCACGUAACAGAUGUCUUCCAGACGGGUAUCGACAUCAUACGCGAUCUCGAAGCGGCUGCGAACUACAGAAUCUUAUCGCCCGGGCCGCGAAACAAACCCGGGCCAGAUGGCGCCGUUGACGAGGAUCUCAACUCGUUCAACCACUUACUGGGCCGCAAGUCGGACGCAAGCGAUGCGAUAGCAAAGGGGCUCUACCUCACGAUCCGGCUCCAUCUCAUCGAAUAUAUUCUAAGCUUAUCCAUUGCUCUCGGUGAACCCACGCGCGAAGAAUUGAAAACGCUUGUCAACCUCCCACAUGGACUGACGGCGAUGGAGCAAGUUUGCGAGCAGAUCCGUAUCAUAUUCGGAUUCGAUGGCAGAGACUCUGCUUGCACCAUCCAAGGUGUUGGUUUUAAUGCCUGGUGUAUGUUCUGGCCCAUGAUAGCGGUGCUGAAAUCUGCCUUUGCGGAUAAAGAUACGAAGAUGUGGAUCAUGGACAAGUGCAUGGCGGGUUGGUUCGAAACAGAUGGCGCCAAGGAUGAGAUGGUCAUCACGGAGUAG